GGCACCCCAGUGAGGCAACUUCCAAAAUUCUCAGAGUCAGGAGAGCGAAAGGAGGCCCCCCUCACCUUUUUAAAGAUAGUUAAUUUGAUCGAAGAGGAGCACCUGGGAGGAAGUUGAAUGGAUGGUUUUUCCACUGCUUUUCCACUGCUUUUCCUCCGCCUUUCCCCCCUUUUCUUCACCACUUCCCAAACUACCCUUUCACUGCGCCGGUACGUGAAGACAUGUCGAAGAAAAAAAAGAGCGCGAAGAGGAAGAAUGGCAGCAGCAUAGUGUACUCCCACCCGAAAAUCACAUCCACCAUCUUACUAUGCUCAUGCUACUUCUUCUACGGCAUAUUUGGCGUAGUGUAUGUGAUCCUCAUUCUGAUUGCCAUUAUCUUUUUAAACCUUGACCACUCGAGCGAUGGCGGUGGUGGAGGUGGUAGCGGGGGAAACGCCAUAAGCGCAUACUCUAUCUUCAACAAGGGGAGGAAAUACCUAAUUGGUGAUUUGCGAAUGAACCAAAUUGAAACGGAGUUGCGGAACAGGAAGUUUAAAAACGAAGACAGUGACGAUAACUUUAUUCGAUACGAUGACAUUAACAAAAAUAAAUUUUACGUCAAGGGGUCCUCCAAGUAUAAUAACAAGUUGUGCACCUGUGGGUCCAACAGGAAGUUUAAAAAGUGCUGCGGAGCGAUGAAGGACGAUUCAUCGGAUUAUUGAAGGGGCAAAAGGAAG